AUGGAGAUGGAGAUGAUGACGAACUCACCAGCUAUAUCAAAAACUAGAAGAAAUUAUAGAGCUUUAGUACCAAAGUCUUCUAUUGUCAAUGUUGAUAUUGAAUGCAUGAACAAGCCAAAGCAAAAGAGAUCAAGGAAUGGUUGUUUAAAUUGCAAAAGAUUAAAGAUUAAAUGCAAUGAGAAUAAGCCUGAAUGUGAAUAUUGUGUUCAAACAGGUAAAGAAUGUGUUUACAAGGUUCCCAAUAGAGUUCAAAAAUCAAGAAAAGAAAAUCAAAUUUCUGCUAUUUCUAAUGAGCCAUUACAAAAACUAAACUCAGUAGCGUUUCAAUUAAACAUUUCAAAAUUAGAAUUACAAUUGUUGAAAUUUUACAUUGAUUUUGGUGGGAAUUUUUUUUCAAUGAAAGAUUUUAAUAAAGAUUCUUAUUAUUUUUGGCGUGAUGAUAUUCCAAAAUUAUGGUGCUCUUCAGAUUUGAUUAAAAAUGCAUUAUAUACAAUAAGUAGUGCAAGAUUAUUAGCAAAUUAUGAUUUUGAUACAAGCAAAGAAAUCUAUAUUGAAGUUGAAGAUCAAACUUCAAUUCCAAAGACGCCAUAUAAAGUAAAUUUAAAUAAUCAAGCAAUGAAGUAUAUGAAAGGAACAUUGGAACUGAUUGAUAUGUAUCAAAGAAUGAUUGAUGAUGAAACGAUUAAUUUAGAGGAAUCAAAAGAACUUUUAGGUCAAUUAUUAGUUGCCAAAAAAUUAUGUACAGGUUCAAGAGUGAUUUUACCAAGACCAAGAAAUAACCACAAGUUUACCAAUAUCAAAGAUAGUUACCUAUUGGAGCUUAUGUAUUCAACUAAUAAGUUUCUCAUUGGAUUUGGUAAAUAUGGUUCAAUGGUUAAAGAAACUCAAUAUUCAAAAGUUUUCGAUCCAGAAUUAAUACCACCAAGAGAUUAUAUUGAAAAAUUUCAAAAUCUUAAACUUGGAAUCAUUAAACACCUUGAAGAUUAUAUUAAUGAAAAAGCUGAAGGAUUUGACGUUUCACAAAUUUCGUAUCAAACGGCCAUUUCUAGGUUAGAGAAUUCAUGUUUUCAAACUUUAUAUUUCACUUAUACAAUGGCACUAUUUAGAGGAAUAGUUUAUAUGUCAAGUGAUAUUGAUUAUGUUCACUUGUUAGAGCAAGGUGACCAUAUUGCUAUGAAGAUUAUGUUUUAUACAUGUUGUUUGAAUUCAAUAUUCCAUUGUCAUUCUUAUCAUAGAUCAGGGAUUCAUAAUGAGUUUUUAGAGUUCUAUGUGGAUUAUGCAAAGGAGAAGUUCGAUGGAGGUUGGGAAGAUGAUGUUGAUAAAAACAUUUAUGGUUGGGUGGAAGCAAGGGCUAGAUCUAAUUAUGGAUUUUCUUUGAAUGCAAUUGAGCAUGUUUCUGAACCAGUUGAUAAUUAUUUGGGAGAUGAUAAUAUACUACAAAUUUCAAUACUUGAAACUGAAACCUCAAAUUGA